AUGCCUCGACCUGUUGCAGAGAUCCUCCUGUUCGCAAAGAGUGCUUUAAGCAAGAUCCAGCAAAGAUCGUAUUUCGAUUCAGUGCUGUGUCUCCAGGACAUACCGGCGAAGUCGGGAUUCGAGCCUGCGAAAAAUCGGUUCGAUGACUUUCAAGCGAUCCACAGCAACCAGACACCAGCAAUUCACUGGGUGCCAGGAUCUCACAGAUACUGGGACUGGUCUCUCGACGCAUCGUCGACCAACAAUGACAGCACUGCCAUCUACAAGACAGCCAUCUUUGAUCCCACAUACGGAUUCGGGGGGAACGGGCCGUAUGUUGAAGCAACUGCUGAGCAGAAUCCGCUGAACAUCACUGGUCAUACUGGUGGCGGCUCUGUCACGACUGGUCCCUUCACUUACCCCGAGUUCAAAAUCAACGUUCCAUCGACGGGAUGCCUCAAGCGCCACUUCACCCCGUGGAUCAUGAACUAUUUCGCUUAG